GCCGACCGCCAGGGGGCGCUGCUCCCCCCACAGCCGGCGGCUCCCCUCCUCGGCGCUCUCUAUGGCCGUUGCCCGUGGCAGGGUCUCUGUUUACUUCCGCCAUGCCGGGCCGGCUGCAUGGGGCGCGGGGCUGAGCGCUGGCUGCGCGUUGCUAUGGCCGAACCCGGGGAGGAGGAAGAGCUGCCGGUGCCCGAAUCGGGAGCUGUUUUUACUUUUGGAAAAAGCAACUUUGCAGAAAACAUUCCUAGCAAGUUCUGGUUCAAAAAUGAUAAGCCGGUCCAUAUAUCGUGCGGAGAUGAACACACUGCUGUUGUUACAGGGAAUGGUAAACUUUACAUGUUUGGCAGUAACAACUGGGGCCAAUUAGGACUAGGAUCAAAGAAUGCUGUCCAGAGACCAACAUGUGUUAAAGCUUUAAAACCAGAAAAAGCAAAACUUGCCGUUUGUGGAAGAAACCACACUUUAGUUUACACAGAAAAAGGGAACGUGUAUGCUGCUGGAGGUAACAGUGAAGGUCAAUUGGGAUUAGGUGACACGGAAGAAAGGACCACAUUUCAUUUAAUUAGUUUUUUUACCAACCAGCACAAGAUCAAACAGCUGGCUGCUGGAUCAUGCACCUCAGCAGCAGUAACUGAGGAUGGGCAGCUUUUUGUGUGGGGUGAUAAUUCAGAAGGUCAGAUUGGCUUGGCUGACAAAAUCUGUGUCACUGUCCCUUGUCAAGUAGAUGUUGGAAAACCCAUUUCCUCUAUAUCCUGUGGAUAUUAUCAUUCUGCCUUCAUAACAGGAGAUGGUGAACUCUACACUUUUGGGGAACCUGACAAUGGAAAGCUGGGAUUAUCGCCUGAGCAGCUAAAGAACAGUAGAGUCCCGCAGCCUGUACUGGGAAUUAGGGAAAAAGUUAAUAAGGUCGCUUGUGGUGGAGAACACACAGUGGUGCUUACAGAAACAGGUGUGUAUACUUUUGGACUUGGACAGUAUGGACAGCUGGGACAUGGCACUUUACUUUUUAAAACUUCUGAACCAAAGUCUGUGGAACACUUGGGGAGGCAUAAAAUACAUAAUGUUACAUGUGGGGAGAGUCACACUGCUGUAGUAGCAGAAAAUGGCCUCAUGUUUACUUUUGGAGAUGGGCGACAUGGAAAGUUAGGCCUUGGAGAAGAGAAUUUUGCAAAUCAGUUUGAUCCUGCACUGUGUUCUAAUUUCUUGAGCUUCACAGUCCUUUUGGUUGCUUGUGGUGGUUGUCACAUGCUGGUUUUUGCUACUCCAAGACCAAAAGGAUCUGAAGGGAUACUCUUAGAAGAUACAUAUGAGAGCCAUUUGAUUUCUACUGUCUCUAAAAUGAGUGGAGAUUCACUAGCAACAAACACAUUACAAUUAACAUCAGCACGAAUACGACGUCGAGAGAGGGAACGGUCACCAGAACAGUUCAUUCAGAUGGCACGAACUCUGCCUCCACAGAGAGAAUGCUCCUUAGAAUCUUCACAGCCCAUGCCUAGCAACACUACCUCAAUAUGUAUUUCUACAAUAAAUGUUCCUAAACCCGAGCCUGUGAAGGAGAGACAUCAUGAAAAAGAAAAGCAUAUAAAAGAUGAACCUGGUGAAGGCUCUGCAGACGAUUCAGGUGAUGAAAAUAAUGCCAGAAACCUUGGAGAUACAACUGACAUCCUAAAUAUGACACAUGCGAUGACAUUGAACUCCAGUGACCAGUCCUUAAAAUUAUCACCAAUUCAAAAACAAAAGGAACAAAACUUGUUUGGAGAUGAAGAAACAGAUGAUGAAGAUGAAGAAGCAGCAGCUGUAGAAGAAGAUGUGGAAGAGAAAGCAGUCAAAGAGGAAGAUGAAGAAGCAGCAGCAGUAGAAGAUGUGGAAGAGGAAGCAGUCAAAGAGGAAGAUGAAGAAGCAGCAGCAGUAGAAGAUGUGGAAGAGGAAGCAGUCAAAGAGGAAGAGGAAAAAGAAGAGGGAGAAGAUGGAGAAACAGAAGCAGAAGAAACAGUCAAAGAGGAAAUGGAGGAAAAAUAUGAGAAACACCACAGUAAAACACCUGAGGGAGAGAGAAAUGAUAAUAGCACAGUGGAAACUGUAGAGACAGAAGAGACUACUCAGACAGAGACCAUCAUUCAGCAGGAGAAAGAAAGUACUGACAAUCACACUGUGGAUGAUUCUUCAGAGAACACUGAGGACCAAGUAGUUGAAGGGAUAUCUAGGAGAAAAAAGUUUUCCCUGUUUAAACGAAAACCACUGACAGGCCAGAAGAAUGUAUGUAACAGAAAGGAAGAUGUAUCUGAAAAGCCACUCCAAAGUGAACAAGAAAAAGAAAGGGAAGAUUUAGCUGGUGGAGACAGCAAAGAUGAAAACCAGGAUCAUACAGUGGAGAAUCCCAGGGAAACUGUGACUGACCAGGAUGGAAGGAUAAAAUCUUCUACUUGUGUAUUACUGUAACACUGUGAUAAUAUGUAAGAAUGUGACGGUCUUAAAGCACACAGUGCAGUUUAUACUUGAAAACAGUUACGAGUUACUGGAACUGUUGACGGUUUGAUUCUAUUCUUUUGAUUGUUAUGAUUUUAGACAUGCAAACCAUUCUCUUUGUAUUUAUUGUUAAUUUUAACAGUUGCAGUUGAUGCUUAUCAGAAUCUUGCUGGAGUUCUGUGGCCUUAACUGUUAGUGUUGUAAAACAGAAUAUAUUUUUGUAUGUGAAGUUGGAUACCGACACGUCAUUUUUUUUUACUCGGUGUCUUUAUUCUGUUUCAGUCUAAGCAGUUUGAUGCUCUUGCAAAACUCUAAAUAUUUGAUGUAGGAUUGCCAAACUGAGUGAGAUCAUUGAAGUUCACAUUUUAAAGAGGAUGCUCAAUUAGAAAUAUGUAUGCCUCUUUCUGUUUUCACUUAGAAAAAUAGCAAUAAAUGCCUCAAGUAUUCAACACUGAGGCCCUCAUGGAGGAAAUUACUUAGUAUGUGCCUGAUUUCCAACAUGGCAGUAGUUGGAAGCUAUACCUUUAAUAGUGAUGCAAGCAUGUGAGUCAGUAUCCUGCCAAACCUGAAACUGCAGAAACCUCCCUAAUUUGGAAGCUGCUAAAUGCCUUCACUCUUGCUGAAAUCAACAUAAGGUGACGGACUCUCUCCUCACAGUCAGGCAAGAUAAGAAAUGGGUGUCAGUGUUGUAAUUUUAAUUGGAUUCCAGUUGUAUAGUCUUCAAACAUCCAUGGUAUGACAUGGAUGAACAGAAUGAUUUCUUUUAAUUAGUCGAAGGCAAACUCCCUGUGAUUAAUCUGACCCAGUAUCUGCUCGCCCCUUACUCAAACAUGCAUAGGUUUUAUGAAUUAGCACAAACUCUAGGAAAAAAAUACGUAUAAAGAAUUAAUGUUAAACUGAGUACUAGUCAGAACACUUUGCAAGGGACAGAUGGUCAUUAUAGAAAACCUAGGCAUCCUUUUUUCAUUUCAGUGGCAUACAAAUAUGUUAUGCCUUUGGCCAUGUUUGCUUUUGGAUAAUUAGUUUUUUCUAGUUCCAAAGUUGCUUAAGCUGCAUACAACAGAAUCAUAAGUGUCUGGAGUUAUGUUUAGCUGGAAAGUUGAUGCAGCUGAAUGUUUAGUUCCUGUAAGUACUCCAGGUGCCCAGGUGCAUUCAUGGGGUCUCCUUUAUGCUACACAAAGCAAAGCACUAAGAACCUGGAUGAUUUGGUCAUCUUUGCCAGAGUUUACUUAUGAUCCUUUUAUUUUGAUCUCUUAUUUUCCUUUUAAGUUCUGCAGUGAACCUUACUUGAGCCUUUUCCCAGCAUUCACUGUAUUUACAUAUUUUUCUCAGUUUCUUGAAUGCACAUUUUGUGUCUGUUCUGCUUGGAGACUGUUGCGAAUGUUAAAGAAGUAGAAAAGGAGAGGCAGACCAAACAGUAUCUUCAUAAAUUUAAAUGAGCUUUAGUUAUUUUUUAGGGGGAGAAAUUCAAUCACAAGUUAUUACCAUAAGGACAGUUUCUUCUUUUAAAUGUGAACUAUUUCAGUGGAAAAUGUAACUUGAGAGUGGUAAGUACUGUUUGUUACAUCUGAUGCUACCAAGGUUUACAUAAUGGAAUCUAAACUGAUGCACAUCAAAGCUAGUUUAAGGGACUCUCACAUUUACCUGGUCCAUACCAGAUGAUCCAGUUUGCUUAGGAAAAAGCAGGAGCAGAUUAAUCUAUUCAGAUACCUUUUUUUUAACGUUUCUUCCUUGGUAAUAAAAAAGGUUAAACAAAUAAAACCAGUUACGU